CCUUUCUCUCCUUUUCCCCGCAUCCCAAAUUGGGAUUAGUCGUUCCUACUUCUCUUACAUCUAGGGACGAGACUUACUUUUCCCCUUUGUUUGUUCCCGGUGUUUUUCCUCUCACGUGAUACGUGGGGCGGGCCCCUGCCUGGGGCGGAGGUUACUGGCAAGCUCCCGCCCUUCGACCCUUGCGGGCCCUGGGCUGAGCGGGACAGUCCAGGGCCCCAUUAUCCUUCCUGAGGGCGGGGUACUUGCUUUGGGCCCUCGGCCUAAAUACUCUCUGCGGAGGGAACCUUCGUUUUCCGGGAUUCAACAGGUGAGGUUGCAGUUUAUCGGAAGAGAACUUUUAUAGUUUGUCUUCAGACAGAUUAGCUGCAUGCUCUAGAGUUUUAUUAUUAUCAAAAAUAAAUGCCAGUGAUUUGAUUGAAGUGUUGCCAUGCAGCAAGAAGCAGAGAGAUGCAGAGUUCGAGCUAGAAGGCCUGACAUGGCACUUUAUGUACCCAAAGCUCGAAGGGGUACAGUACUCCUCAAGUCAGGUGAUGAAAAAAGCUGUUGUCUUCCUAACGCCAUGGUGAAAGAAGGACAAAAGGAAAGCUUUCUUUCCAAAAAAGAGAUCUUUAGAGACAGAAUUGAGACUCAAAGAUUAAAUAUUAACCCUGAUAGAACAGAGCACAGUAAUAAGGAAAGAAAGAAAUCUUCAACAAAAUUUAAAAAAGACUCAUGCCUUCAAGAAAGAAAUAAAGAUAGGACUAGGAAGGGAACCACAGAAACCAAAGAAGUAUUACCCCAAGGACAUCGGCAAGGAGUCCCAAGUCCUGGAAUCAUACCUAGUGUACCUUUACAAAGACAUUUUAAACCAAAGAAGGUGGAGUGUUCUGAGGUUCAAACUACAGACAUGACAGAACAUGAGAGGUUGCUUCUAUCACAUUCUUGUUCAGAAGUUAGUGAGGCUCAAGUUCUGAACAAACCAUUCCAAAAUAUGAAAUUCUGUGACUUCAGUAAGCACAAACUAAAUGAGGAAAUAUUUGAAGAUAAAGAGUUGGAAAGCAAAAUUGAAACUGACUACAAAGCUGUAGAAUCUCAGUUUCCUGGAGGUUUUAGUUCUGUAUUGAAACCUGAGAAUAUGAUUACACUAGUAAAACUAAGCUCUGAUUCUGGAUUUGGACACCAAGGGAUGCAAACAUCAAGUGGAAUGAUGAAGCUCAGCAAUGGAGGCGUCACUACUGUUUCUGUUCCUGGAAGUCCAGAUAGAGUCACUGAUCAAACUUGGAUACACUUCAAAGCUGAGAAUUUAGGUGAGGUAGCCAACAGUACAGGUUUGAUCUUGGAUCAGAAAGGUAUAGAUUCCAUUCCCGAGAACGUGGAUCGCAUCUCCCAUAAAAUGCCUAUAGUCAGCAAAUUAGGGAGCACAAAUGGCGUUUUUGAUCCAACAGUGUUUAGACAGUAUAGGAAGAAUGACAGCAUUUUUAAUGAGUCAUGUGUAAAGUAUGAACCUUCUGAUACUGCUGUCCUUACUCAUGAGACAUAUACAGAUAAUGGUUCUAAGAAUGUAGAUGACAUUACCAAGAAGGCAUGUAUGAUGGACAGUGUAGGUGUCAUAUCCAGUCAUGUAACCAUGGGCAGCCAUUGUGUAGUUGCAGUUAGAGCUGAUGAAGCCUGGAGCAACACAAGUAGUUUCUCAAAAUAUAUAGCAGUGAGUGCAGACACAGCCCCUCUUCAUGUAGCUGUAAGUGAGAAUGACACUGAAAAUUUCAGCAACCUGGCUGCUUGCUCAGAUAUUUAUGCUAAGAAUAUUUCAUCUGGUUUCACAGAGUCAACAGAAAAGUUGAUAGGGUACUUGUCAGAUUGUGAUUCCUCCUUACCUAUAAAGAAGAUUGCUGGUAGUGAUUAUAACAAUGUUUUGGACUCUGAACUCAAUAUGUUAAAUGGGACAAAAAUACUUUCAGGUAGUGCCUUGGGCAAAGAUCUGGAUUGUACUGGUGAUAUUGUAGAGGCAUUCCAUGAAUUAAGAACUGAAGAGUUCAGUACAAAAGUGGAAGGUGACACAGAGAAUGUAGAAUUUGGUAUAUCGUUUCCUGAGAUGGAUUCAGUAUCUAUGGAAACAUCCAUGGAACCAAAAGCUACUGAAACUUCUGAUGUGGAGGGAAGUGCUGCUAUUGAGGAGAGCUGGGAAUCUAUGUUUAAUGAUGAUGGUGAUUGCCUGGAUCCACGUUUUCUUCAAGAGUUAUCAGGGAAUAUGAAGAGCAGAAAAAGCAUCCAGGAACCUAGAUUUGAUUAUUACAACCAUGAUGUUCCUGAAAUUGACCUCAGUGAUUGUGAAUUGCCACAUGUCAUUGAAAUUUAUGACUUCCCCCCAGAAUUUCGUACUGAAGACCUUCUGCGGGUUUUCUGCAGUUAUCAAAAGAAAGGAUUUGAUAUUAAAUGGGUGGAUGAUACACAUGCCCUAGGAGUGUUCUCCAGUCCUCUUACAGCUCGUGAUGCUCUAGGUAGUAAAUAUACCAUGGUGAAGAUCCGGCCCCUGUCACAGGCCACAAGAGCAGCCAAGGCCAAAGCCAGAGCUUAUGCAGAGUUUCUCCAGCCAGCAAAGGAGCGUCCUGAGACCUCUGCAGCCCUAGCCAGAAGGUUAGUCAUCAGUGCCCUUGGGGUUCGAAGUAAGCAGAGUAAAACAGAACGAGAAGCAGAACUCAAGAAACUGCAAGAAGCCCGAGUUGAAGAGUUCUUGUGUCUGGCACAGUGCCCAGGGCAUAAAAAGAGAGAAAACGAUUGGAAGCCAAGCAACGGGAAGACAUCUGGGAAGGCAGAGACCAGUCUGCUGUUUGAACAUCACCCAGUGAAAGGGAUAAUUUCAUGAAUUCAGAAAAUGUUUCCAUAGUCUUCAUUUAAGAGGAGCCCUCCAAAGCUCUGUGUUCAUGCAGCUAUGUGUAUUAGUGAAAGAGAUAAAGCAAUCAAGACAAGGACUGACAGUAUAAAAGAUAGACUUCUGUCUGUCUUCACUCCUAAAUGAAGUUCUUUGGAAUCACCUUACUGUGACGGGCAUAGAAGAGAGCCAACAGCUAGGAAGAAACUUGGAAGGAGUGACUUCCAAGAGUCCCCUGGAUGGGGCAGGAGUUAGCAUGGGUCACAAUUCCAUGAUGUUUUAAGCCAAUACAAAACAGAACAGAGGAUUCAAGCCUGCGAUGAUGGGAGACAGGCCCUGCAAAGGCAGGACAUUCCUUAAUACCUCAAGAAGCUGAGAACAGCAAUAUGGGGGGAGGGAUGGAGGUGAGGCAGUCAGCCACAUAGAGACAGAACAGUGUCUGAUGUACUUGACAUACAGAGAGUCUAAACUGCCAGUUCUAAAGCUCCAAAGUUGGUGAACAGCAGAUGUGGGUAUUUGGAUUCCAGAGUUUCCACUGAGAUGAGUGCCUGGAGUGCUUCAACUGCACAGCAGACGGGUCAUACCAGCCUCAUUCCUCAUAGAAACCAGUCUUGGGAGCUGUGGGCCAGUUCAAGUUUAAGCAAUAAUAUCAUGUUGUGAGAAGGAGAUAUUAAAGUCCAUUUCAUGACAUGUA